CGGUUUGCACCGUGGAAUCAUAAUCGUUGUUUACUUUAAUCAUCGAUAGGUUUGGCAACACCAUGAAAAAUUCAAAAUUUCAGCCAAGCACAUCAUAGAAGUGAGAUUUAAAAAAAAAAAAAUCAAGGUUUUGUGUCUAAAUUCUGUUGCCAAGGUGGGAAAUUUGAACAUUUGUUUUCGUGUUUCAUUUUUAAGUCGAAUUUUUGAUAAAAUGGAAAACGCGAAUUUAAAAAGAAAUAGAUGUUUAAGUUUUGGGCCCGAAGAAAAGGUUCUCAUAGCCAAUAUUUGUGCGAAAUACAAGGGAACACUGGAAAAUAAAAAAACGGACCAUAUAUCUAUUCACAAAAAGAACUCGGUUUGGGAUAAAAUUACCGCGGAAGUAAAUGCCUCGAACAACUCAGGCAUAUUUCGAUCCAAAGAUGUUCUGAGGCGCUUUUAUGAGAAUAGGAAGAGGGAGGUGAGAAAAAUUGCAGCAGAAGAAAAAAAAGAACUUUAUAAGACUGGUGGUGGUAGGGCAUUCCUACCAAAAAAAGAUGAAUGCCAUGACAUUUUUCUUUCGUUAAUGAAUGGCAAAACAAUUUACGGUUUACAAUGUGAGGUAGGAGGAGAUGUAGAACCUGAUAAUGAAAAUACUGGAUCAAAUGAUGAAACUGUGCCUUCCUAUUUGCUGGAACCAUCAACAUCACAGACUUCAAAAAUACCGGAGAUUGCAUUCGCACAGUUCGAAACAAUUUCAAAUCAAGUCGAUGAUUUUAACAAUGAAUCUUGGAAAAAAUAUGUGCCAAACGAUUUAUUGACGCCGAUCUCUGAGCGUUUAAGAGUUGAAGAGGUUCAGUCGGUUCUGGAAGAAGAUCCUUCAGUAUCUGGGAAUCAAGAAAAUAAAAAAAGGAAAUAUGAUGGUAAUAAUUUUCUAAAUAAUAAUUAUUUAUUAAUAUACAUCAUUCUUUCAGGUGUUCCUUUGGAUACAGCAUCUAGGAGGAGACCAACUACUGUGGUAAAGGCUCUAACACGUACGGAGUUCGGGGAAAAGUACAACUUGCUCCUUGAUAAGAGAUUGCAUCUUAUAAAGAAACAAGAGGAAAAAAUCGAGGAAGAAAUUCUUUCAAUAAAAGCAGCCCGAGAAGCGAAAGAUAAACUUGAUGCCUUGGAAUAUAAAAUAAAAUUGGAGAAACUGAAAGUUCUGCAGUCCCAGAAUUUAAUCCAGUGUGGAACACAAGGGGCAUCUAAUCCCUCUCGAUAACUUGGAAACAAUUCCAAUUUGAUUUUCUUAAGUUAAUUAUGUUGAGAAAAAUAAAAAUUGAUAUUUCAAUACGUCUUUUUUUUUAAUAACAACCAGAGUAUAAUUUACACGUAAUGAAAUAAUCGAACAAAGUCAUUAGCUUACUGCUGAUAAAUUAAAUUGAAAAAGUAACUAUUAAUUAGUUCCGACCUAUAAGCAUUGAUAUUGUCAUUUUGAUUAUUGAGAGGCAAAUCAGGUACAUUUGCCAUCAUGAUCAAAUUAUUCCAUUCUGAAACUUGAACAUCAUCAGGUGGCGGAGGUAGUUCUUCAUUUUGCAAUAAUGCUAUGUUGUGUAGAACUGCAGUAGCCACUAUUACAUUCAUUACAUUAUUCAGCUUCAGCCUCAUACCAUAUGCCACAACUGGGAAUCUUCUUUUCCACACACCAAAGCAGCGUUCUAUAGUAUUACGGGUUCUAAUGUGUGCUUCGUUAUAUAAACGUUCUUCAGGACUGCAUGGAUUUAGAAGAGGUGUUAAGAAGUAAUUUCUCAAUGGAUAUCCACUAUCGCC